AUGUUUCACAGACGGCCUGCACCGCCGAGCCUCGAUCAUUUCCGCCGUGCACGUCGACAGGCAGAAAGGCAACUCGUCGCGACUCUCGGUCCUCUCCACAGCGAUCUUGAAGAGUUCUAUACGGUCGUGCCUCUGCCCGAUGGCCACAGGGGAGAGCUGAAAGUUGUGCGGCGGAGGGUCGUGGUCCAGAAACAAGCGUCUGUAGUGGGAGGCAUUGGCGAUGCGACUCCAGCUGCUGGGAACAGCGGCAGUGAUGGUCGUCCAUUCAUUGUGCUCUUCCACGGGGGCGGGUUCUCCAACGGGAGCGUCGAUUACAUGACUCGCCCGGCGCGGGACUUUGCACUCGAGCUCAACGCCGUGGUGGUCUCUGCGACGUACCGGCUUGCGCCUGAACACCCAUUUCCGACGCCGAUGCAAGACGCGUGGGAUACUCUAGUGUGGCUGUCCCAAUACGCGCGAGAGUUUGGCGCGAAUCCUCAGCAGGGCUUCGUCGUCGGCGGAGUCUCCGCGGGAGGGACCAUGGCAGCUGUUCUGACGCAGUUGGCUCAUGAUCGAGGGCUCACGCCACCACUCACAGGGGCAUUCGUGUCCAUCCCUCUCUUGCUCGUGAAGGAGAUCGUCCCCGCCAAGUACAAGAAGGAAUGGACCUCGAUGGAAGACAACAAGAACAACCCGUCACUCAACCGGGAUACCAUUCAGAACAUUAUCCGCACGCUCGGCCCGGACGUCAGAUCUCCCCUGUUUUCACCCUUCAACAGCAAGACUCCUCACGUGGGGCUGCCCCCAACCUACAUCCAUGUGGGCGGAUUGGAUGUUCUCCGGGACGACGGCCUGGUCUAUGAGACGGCGCUGAGGGAGAACGGUGUACCGACGCGUUGUGACGUUUUUUCCGAUCUGGGCCAUGCUGCUUGGACCAUCUAUGCGACAGAGUACUCUCGACCACGACUGGGGCCGAAGAUGAUGGAAGCGAUGAGGUGGUUGUUGACCCAGGAAGGAUUGAGAAGGCAGUAA